AUGGAGGCUAUCGCUGUGGAUCAAGACUUGUACCCCCCUGAGAGUGCGCAUAGCCCCGAUGACUGGCUCUCGGAGACUACCUCGAUUAAAUCAUCAAUCUAUCGUGGCUUGAUGGAAAACGGGAGGCGAUAUCAAGCGCUUUCAAACAAGGAAUAUUGGUAUGUGGUUGAAGUUUCAUACAACAAGACAAAAUACCCAUUCAUCUAUAGCAUCCCAUCCGAUGAGCAACAAUUUGAGACCUAUGAGGCAGGCCAUCUCGUGGAUCUCAUCAUGGAUUCGGACCAGCCCAAUCCACUGUUUCGGUCACCCAUCGGGAGCGACCGAGAACGCCCGCUACAAGUUCUCGAUAUUGGAACUGGAAAGGGCACUUGGGCCAUUGAUGUCGCUGAUAUGUUCCCAAAUGCCACUGUGCGAGGAGUUGACCUUUUCCCCCCCCCGGUCACCUGGAUGCCACCCAAUUGUGUCAUUGAGGUCGAUGAUGUGCUCCAAGAAUGGACAUGGCGCGCACAAUUUGACUUGAUUCAUAUGCGCAAUAUGAUCGGAUCAUUUGACUCUUUCGAGUGGGAUCGUAUCUACCAGCACUGCUUUCAGAAAAUGGCCCCUGGUGGGUGGAUCGAGCAGAUCGAGGUUGGCCCUUUUAUCACAAGCGACGAUGGAAGUCUCCCACCCGAUAGUGCCUUGUCCUCAUGGGGUCCACUUAUGCAAACGUGUGGUGAUCGUGCCGGUCGCUCUUGCGAUAUCGUCCUCACCAUGUCGGAGAGCAUCAAGAACGCAGGAUUUGUAGACGUGCACGAAAAGGUCUACAAAUGGCCAAUUGGGCCAUGGCCUAGAGACCAAAAGUUCAAGGAGGCAGGCAUGGUCAAUUGCCAACACUGGAUGUCUGGUAUGGAGGGAUGGUGCAUGUGGCUAUUAACAAAAUUUGGAGACCCCCAGCCGUGGACCAAGGAAGAAGUUCAUGUAUACUGUGCCAAGCUACGCAGUGAACUCAAGAACCCCUAUAUUCAUGCGUAUCACAAAGCGAGAAGGGUGUGGGCUCGCAAACCGAUGCCUGGUGAACUCCCACCUAGGUCAUCAACCUCUAGCUCCAGCACUCCUAAGGCAAACCCAUGA